AUGAAAGAAACAGAGAUGAAAAUACUGACAAAUCCAUCUACUACCACCCAGACUAAAAAUGACAGCACUGAUGGAACAGAGACAGUUCCCUCACAGGUUGGGGCAGCUUAGCCAAGAGGCGCUUCAAAGGAUCGUGCCAAACCUGAAGAUGAGAUUAGUGAGGAAAACUUCCCCAAGGAACCACCAGAAAGAUUUUCAUUUUUUCAGAUAAACAGAGAUUCCCAAAGCACAGGCACACUGUUCACCAGCAAGUUCAUCAGUAAAUCACCCGUAGAGGAAACAGAGAGGCAAAAAUCAUCAAACAUUUUUGAACAGCUGAGGAUGCAGGGAAUAAUUAAGAGCCAAAGUACCACUGCCAGAAUUGGAGAAGCAUACGAGAACAAGGGACAUGCCCUGGAAAAGACACUGAGGAAACCCCCAGCUAGGCUGGACAAGGAGGUAGGUGAUUUUACAGUGAAGGACAUGAAGACUUCUGUUGCAGCAAAGAAACAGGUUAAGGAAAAAGAACUGAACAAAAUGCCACAACACAUUAGAUAAUUUUUUUCCCCAGCAACUGCUCACCAAACCACAAGGAAACAGACUGAAAAGGACUGUCCAAGUUUUGAAAGUCAAGGAGAUACAAACCCUCAGCUCUCACCUUUAGAUGGUGAGCCAGGGCUACUGCUGAAGGAAGUAAGUGCAGUAGAAGCCACAAACAAUUAUACUGAGGACUCUGUCAUUGAGUCGGUAACUUAAAGCUGUGUCAAUGAAUCAAUAUGGAUCUAA